CCUACAGGUCAAUUCGACUGCGGACACGGAAGUGAAUGAAUUCGUAGUUUGAAAAAGUUUUCAGGACAGCAGUAUUGUUCAUUUUCUGACUCAUUGCUUGUGCCGGUGAAUUCCUCAUUCGGGAUACCAAAGGGAACGAUGGGGAGUGAGCCAGGCCCAGUCCAGAUUGUGACAGUUUGCAAGGAGGAUCACUCCUUUGCCUUGGACACAGAGGCUCUGGGACGGGUUCUGCUGGCACCGGAGGUCCGGGACAAACAUGUGGUGGUGCUCUCAGUGGCUGGGGCCUUCCGGAAAGGCAAGAGCUUCAUUCUGGACUUCAUGCUCCGCUACAUGUACAGGAAGAAGCAUGGUGAGGAGUGGCUGGGCCAGGACGAUGAGCCCCUGACUGGGUUCAAAUGGAGGGGGGGCUCAGAGCCAGAGACCACCGGCAUCCAGCUGUGGAGUGAGGUCUUCCUGGUGGAGAAGAGCGAUGGAACAGAGGUGGCAGUAUUACUGAUGGACACCCAGGGUGCAUUUGAUUACCAGUCAACUGUGAAGGAUUGUGCCACAAUCUUUGCCCUCAGCACCAUGACCAGCUCAAUACAGAUCUACAACCUCUCUCAGAACAUUCAGGAAGAUGAUCUGCAGCAGUUGCAGCUGUUCACAGAGUAUGGUCGCCUCGCCAUGGAUGAAAUCUAUCUGAAGCCCUUUCAGUCUCUGAUGUUCCUAAUCAGGGAUUGGAGCUUUCCCUAUGAGUAUAAAUAUGGGCUAAACGGAGGCAGAGAGUUCCUGGAUAAACGUCUACAGGUGAAGGAGACCCAGCAUGAGGAACUACAGACAGUGAGGGAACACAUUCAUUCCUGCUUCACCUCCAUCAACUGUUUCCUGCUACCACAUCCUGGGUUGAAGGUGGCCACCAGCCCUGCUUUCAAAGGCCAGCUUAGUGAUGUGGCUCCCGAGUUUAAAAAGGAGCUACGCAACCUCAUCGCAACACUGCUGCACCCUAACAGCCUGGCUGAGAAAGAGAUCAACGGCAACAAAGUCACCUGCAGGGGACUGCUGGAGUUCUUCAAGGCAUACAUCAAGAUCUACCAGGGUGAAGACUUGCCACACCCGAAGUCUAUGCUGCAGGCCACAGCAGAGGCCAACAACUUGGCAGCCGUGGCAGCGGCCAAAGACCAGUAUUACAAGAACAUGGAGAAGGUCUGUGGGGGAGACGUUCCCUAUGUGGCUCCUGCCUCUCUGGAGGAGAAGCACCACUUCUUCCUCCAGGAGUCCCUCCAUGUCUUCUCCUCCACCAAGAAGAUGGGAGGGCAGGAGUUCUGCGACCGCUACCGAGACCAGCUUGAGGCCGAGCUGGUAGAACUGUGGCAGUCUUUCAGUAAGCACAAUGAGUCAAAGAAUGUCUUCAGUGCAUUCCGGACGCCCGCAGUGCUUUUUGUCCUUGUGUGCUUCCUGUACGUGCUGUCAGGGCUGUUGCUCUUCAUCGGCCUGGCUACAAUUGCUUUGAUAUGUGACUGUGUCUUGGGCCUGGCCAUGGUCGCCAUGCUCACCUGGAGCUUCAUACGCUUUUCGGGAAAAUACCGGGGGCUGGGUGGAGUCAUCGACCAGACAGCAGGCAUCAUACUGCAGCAGGCCACUGUGGUAUUGAACAAGUCGAGGCCAGCUGUGGCUGAGAUGAGGAAAUCCAGCUAGAUGGCCUUGACCCUAUUAAUCUUAAUGCAAUACAACAUGCGCACAACACAAGCACACAUCCCAGCACUAAAGCCUUACCAUGCUACCCAAUGGAACCAACAUACAAGGUGCUGUUACAACACCAACAGAUGAUUAUAAUGGCAGUGGGAGGUCAACAUGAUGCACAUUCACCAGCAUCUUUUCAAUCGCACAAUUUUACACUGCAUACAAAGGUUAUAUCAGCGUCUAUCUACAUAAAGAUGAGACCGUAGUCUUACAGAGUAUCUGGGGCAAGGUGCAUUCUCAGACCCAUGGGGUUGUUUAUUCCCCUGGACCUGUUUUUAAAAUUGACUGACACUGCCAUUCUCACACACUUCCCCUCAUUUAUAAAGACAACCCAGUGAUGUUUACGUAGAAACACUAGACCCAAGUAUUGUAUUAUUGGACAUGCCAUGGAUUUGAAUGCAUCAUAAUCUAUGUAUCCUUUGUGACCAAUGCUUAGUACUAGGAGGCUGGCCAGGGCGCUUUUAAGUCAUGUUAGACUUAAGCAGUGUAUCCUCCUGAUGCAAUUUACCUAUGCUGUGCUGUAAUGGGGUAUACCAGUUAUACAUGUAGCCAGAUCUUUUUUACUUAAUGCUGGUCUCUUUAUACUGCCCUGUGGCCUUAUGCACAUUCCUUCCCAUUCCCAGUUUUGCAUUAUGCACCUUAUUUGCUUCCCCUUAUCCAUGUCAGGUAUUCCUUGUACUGCUUUCUCUUCUUUCUUGAUACCACGAUUGGUGAUUCUAAAACACAAGCCCACUUUAAAACACAAGCCCACUUGGCUGUGCAAGUGCUAAUGCAUUCCACUGUUAUCCUUUAAUUUUUAAACUGCUUCACUGCUUGUAACUUGACCAAAAUGUCAUAUGGUACAUUACUUCUGAACUUGGAAGGUUGGUUAAGAGAUGUUAGUUGCACUUGAGAAAUAAAUGCUCCAAAGAUGUUAUAUGUAAGAUUUUUCAAAGGAACUUGUGAUCAUUUUGAAUUUAUGGGAACCGUUUUCUUAACUGUUUUGUGUGUAAGCAGGUGAUGGGUAUUGUGAGGCGCUUCAGUGACCUGUCAGCCAAAAAACUACUUAUAAGCAUAGAGGUACAAUAAAAGGCAAGAUACCUCUUCCUCAGAAUCCAGAUAAAUCAACAUAGUUCUAGAAGUUCCAUUGUACCUGGGAUAGGAUAAAGUAAUCCUUCUAAACCCCCUUAAAAGAUUUAGAUGCACUAUUGUAAAGUGGUUGUUCCACUGGAUAUUAUAAGGUGAAUGCACCAAUUUGUAAGUCGCUCUGGAUAAGAGAGUCUGCUAAAUGACUUAAAUGUAAAUGUAAAAUUGUCUCUGACAUUUCUUUUGCACAUUCCAUAUCUAUGUUCCAUUCCAUUGUUGAGGAGGCUACAAUUGGAGGGAUUUUUUCCGCAAUUACUAUUGCACUCUCCCUCCUCUCAGUACAAUUAUAUUUGAACUCAUUCCACAAAUAAAAAAUAUUUUACAGUAGCUGCAUGAAAUUCAUGUUCUUAUUAUUUCUUAAUUUAAAAAAAUAUAUUUUGCAAUGGUAUUUUGUUGGGCCUUGGUAUCUGAAAUGUUUUAUUUUUUAAGAAAAAGUAAUGCUUAAGCCAAAUAAAAUGCAUAAGACCUGUGUAA